AUGCAUGCUAUAAACGACAGAGCCCACCUGAACUUGGACGACAAAAUUAUCGAAUUAAAAAAUGGCCUUCUCAAUCUUCCCGACGACGACCUACGCGGACCGGAGUUCAGCAAAGCGGGAAACGUGUAUCGCAACGAUACGUUCCCUAAGAUGCGCAACGAGGUCUCGAUGGGAUGGGAGGAGAACGCGUUGUAUUUCGAGGCCAACUUGUUGGAUCUUUUGCGAAAUGUGAGCUUUUAAUAAUUAUUCGUCCUAAAAAAUACUCUUUUUUAGGAUUCCAGGCAAAGAAUUAUCGACGCAAAUGCACGGAAGUUCCUGAACAUAACUCAGCUUCAGCUGACGCAACAGAUUUGUGAGGUUUAUGUAAGGUAUAUUCGGGAGGACAUCAAAGAUACCCCAUUUGUUACGAUCGACUGGUUGCUAGAUUCGUUGAAUUGGAACGACGGUCACAUGGCAGUGAUACAAUAUGAAGCACUUACGCACAUGAGGCUGACACCGACCGAACAGACAACGCACGGCAACCCAGGGAGUCCCACGCCUCAUUUCGGCACUUCGCCCACCCCGCAUCCGUAG